AUUCCAAUACUAUGUCAGUAUUUAGAAAAACAAUAGCAGAAAUUGCACUUUUGCUUUGUUUUGAAAUUAUGUGAUUAAAGUUUGUGCGAAAAUAAUAUUGAGUACGCUAUUAAACCAUUUAAAGUUUAUAAAACUGAUACAAGGAGACUUUUUCCAAUAUCCAUAAAGAUUGGUUACAAACAAAUAAACCAAAUUUCGUGUUUGUGAUGUGUAAAUGAAAUAAGUUAGUUUUGUAAUCAUUUAGAAUGGGAAACCAACUUGUGGGUGUUGCCCCAUCACAGAUAUACCCUGUAGAACAUUAUCUAAGCGACCAUGUGGACUUGACAUUCGAACAAAGCCUCGGCUCAACACGAUUCUUGAAGGUAGCAAGAGCCAGGUCCCGUGAAGGUCAAAUAGUUGUUAAAGUCUUUGCUGUACAUGAUCCGUCGUUACCAUUAGCUGAACACAGGGAAAGAAUACUCAAGAUCAAAGAGCAGUUGGCUUCUGCAUUCAAUUGCUUACCAUUUCAAAGAGUUCUUUUAACUGACAAAGCAGGUUUACUAAUGAGAGAGUACUGUAAAUACAGCGUAUAUGAUCGUAUAUCCACACGCCCAUUUUUGACGACACUAGAAAAGAAAUGGAUCACAUUUCAAGUAUUGUACGCAAUGCAUCGCAUGCACAAAAUCGGGAUAUGCCAUGGAGAUAUAAAGCUGGAGAACAUAAUGGUGACAUCGUGGCUAUGGGUUCUACUAACAGAUAUAGCUUCAUUCAAGCCUACAUUCUUACCGGAUGACAAUCCGGCCGAUUUUAGUUAUUUCUUUGACACUUCACGAAGGAGACUUUGUUACGUCGCUCCGGAGAGAUUUGUUCGAGCACCAGACCAUAACAAGGCCUCUGACGAUAAAUCUGGGGGUCUAUUACUGAGCGAGUCUCCAUGUAAAGCUGGAGAACUCGUACCAAGCAUGGAUAUAUUUUCAGCUGGCUGUGCGCUUCUAGAGCUGUGGAAUGAUGGAACUCCAGCUCUAGACCUCCCGGCCCUCUUGGCCUAUCGCAACGGCGAGGAACGUCCACGGACCAUGACUCUGGGAGAUGAAUUCGAACCAGCAUUACGGGAUCUCUUGCAUUCAAUGACAGAAAGAGACCCGAAGGACAGACGGAGCGCUGAAAUAUAUUUGGAUGAAGCCAGGGGCAGCCUGUUCCCGGAAUACUUUUAUUCGUUCUUACAAUCAUACAUGCUCAUAUUCUCCGGUCAACCGAUACUGCCGUGCGACGAGAAAAUACACCGUGUCCGUCAGGACAUAAGGAACAUAAUCAAGAUAUUUACGCAGCCGUCUGACACGAGGAACUAUCAGGACUUGGUGGAGGAGACCACAGAUCAGACGGUCGACAACAUAGAUAGCUUGAAGGGAGGCUUCAAAGUAUUGAACGUAAACGUAACUGACUUUGAUGGGGAGGAGGAGAAAAGUCCGGAGAGAAGAGCGCAAGGACCGGACAGCGAGGGUCUGAUGUUGAUUACGUCAUUGGUGACGUCAUGCAUUCGCGGACUCAACCACUGUACAUCGAAGCUGUACUGCCUGGAGAUAUUGCAGCUGCUGUGUCAGAACUCCAGUUCUGAAGUUAUUCUAGAUCGGAUCUUGCCAUAUAUUAUACUGCUGUCUCACGACUCCGUAUCGCGUGUGCGGGCGGCGGCGGUGGCGGGUGCGGCGCGGUGCGUGGCGCUCGUGACGUCACUGCCCAAGGCGGACUGCAACGUUUUCCCCGAGUACAUCCUGCCGGAGCUGGCGGCGCGGGCCACCGACCCCGCCGUGCCCGUGCGGAUCGCCUACGCCAAUAACAUUGCCAAGCUAGCAGAGACUGCGGUGCGAUUCCUCGAUCAGACUCAGAACACGAUAGACAAGGAGGCCACGAACAUCAACUACGAGACGGAAUUAUGUGCUCUACACGAGAUGGUUCGUUCAACCGUGUCGUAUCUCCUGACGGACUCGCAGGCUGUUGUCAAGAGGGCCGUCGUGGAGAAUGGGAUCUCCAAGCUUUGUAUAUUCUUUGGGAAGCAGAAGGCCAAUGACGUCAUCCUAUCGCACAUGGUGACGUUCUUAAACGACAAAGACGAGGUGGCCCUGAGGGGGUGUUUCUUCGAGAGGGUCGUGGGCGUGGCCUCGUACGUCGGACAACACGCGGCACCUAUAUUGGUCCCUCUCUUGCAGCAGGGCCUGACAGACCAGUCGGAAUGGAUAAUAGCCAAAGCGCUCCGGGCCACGACCAGUCUGGCGGAGCUGGGGCUGCUGCCAAAACAAGCGCUCUGCGGUCUGGUCGCCGAGGGUGCUGUUCUGUUGGCGCAUCCCAAUCUGUGGAUAAGGCACGAAGUCUGCGGCCUCAUAUCGUGUGUGGCGAGCCUGUUGAAUCCCAUAGACGUGAACUGCAAGAUCCUGCCCUUGGUGUGGCCGCAUUUGAAACACAAACUGAUACAAGUAGAAAGAGCUGAAUUGUUACUCGAGAGCUUAGCGGAACCGAUACCCAGGAAGGUCCUAGACGCGGUCCUUAAGCACGGCGACGUCGACAGACUGGUGCAGACCCUCAGGGAGAGAAGGAACACUCGACUUAAGGUCAAACAAGGAACCGUGCCACAGUACUCGGAAAUGGGGAACCAGCUCAGAAACCUGUUUAGAAGACUCGCUUCUGACGGUAUGACGGAGUAUGUCGAAAAUCAACUGUUAGCGAUGAGCGCCCACUUGAUCAAAGUACAAAGCUCUGCGAUACAUCACACAACUGACGUCCCGGGCAGACUGACCCUGCAGAACACCGGCAUCUCCAGGUCGGUGCAGCUGGACUCGAAUGCCAGCGACGCCCUUCAGCCCACGGCCCGAAUGUACGCCUCCGCGCAAAAGAAGCAGACGAGGACCAGCACAGCACCCGAGGUCCAAAUGAACACGGAGUGGCAGCACAUGUUCGGGCAUAACGAGCAACAAUCCAGAGCUUCAGAGUCGGUGAGUCAGACGGGAGCGUCGUCCGUCACCGCGUCGCAAACCGCCUCCGGGCAGCAACAGCACUCGCAGAUGGGCCACAGCGCUAGUUACGUGCAGUAUUGUAUGGCGGCUUGCAGAGUUGAACUGAGAGAUUUAACCGCUCGGAUGCAGCAAAAAUUUCAAAAGUCUUUGAGGAGUCAUGAGAACGCAGCAGAGAGCAGCGACGACAUAAUACCGCCUGCGUCGUGGCGUCCAGGCAACCAGCUGUUGGCUUAUCUACACGAACACAAGGCCCAGGUCAACGACCUGGUGACGCUACCCGCGCACCGGAACAUGUUCGGCUCGUGCUCCAACGACGGCACCGUCCGGCUGUGGGACGUGGCCAAGCUGCAGGGGCACGCGCACAUCAACAGAUCGAAGUCGAUGUACAACAGGAGCGCGGGCCCGGUGAUAUCGUUGGCUUCGUGCGAGGCGGGGCAGUCUUUCGCGGCCGCCACCCAGGACGGAUCCGUGUUCGUGCUCAGAUUAGACAGCGCGUCGUCCCGCAUGACCCUCUCGCAGUGCCGUCAGCUUGAGGUCGGGGCGGAGGGGGAGUGCUGCGCCAUGACCUGCGCCGGCGGAGUCAUAUCGUACGCGACCCUCCGCUCGAAGAUCGUCGGUUGGGACCUAAGGACACCUGGUAACGCGUGGAAACUGGACGGAGAUCUGAAGCAGGGCGUGAUAACGUGCCUGUACGCCUCCAGCAGCGGGUACGUAGUGGCGGGCACCUCCAGCGGCGUCCUCAGCGUCUGGGACCUGCGCUUCCAGCUGCCCAUCACCACGCUCAAGCAUCCCAACGCGGAGCGGGUGCGGCGCGUGCACGGCGCCCCGGGCUCGUCGCUGGUGUGGGCGGCGGGCGCUCGCGACGCGGCCGCCAGCUGCCUGGAGACCACGCAGCGCACGCACGCACUCUGGACCUGCACCAGCUCGCCACAGCCGCUGCACUACGCCGCACCCGCGUCCCAGUACAUCAGCGCGAUGCUGUGUGACGCUGAAGGUCGGUUCGUGAUAACGGGCGGCUCGGACCUCCGGCUGCGCUACUGGGACCUGCAGCAUCCCGAAGACUCGUACAUCCUGCUGCACGCGCCGUCUGAUCAUCUCAAACACUCACCUAAUUCGGUCAAAUACAGGAGUCGCAUUGUAGAGGGCACCACCGUCAUACAGGAGUGUUGCAAGCUGAACCCCAACUCGCCACCCCCCGCACUGGAGGACAACGUGUACCGUACUGUCGAGUCUAGGUCGUACCACCACACGGCGCCCAUCACGGACCUCACCCUGGUCGAGUCCAACAAACACUACCUGGUCAGUUCCUCCGCUGACGGCGUUAUCAAUGUUUGGAAGUAAUAAUAAUAAUACUUCAUAAUAUCGUGUUAGAAGUUUGUCUGAUGAAAGAGAGAUGUGAAUGGCUAAUGCACAGACCGCCAAAAACAAAAGAAGAAGAAACAUUGAAAAAAAAACAGUAUAAAAUCCACCCUUUAGUGAUAAUCCUUCUCUGCAAGACCCCCGAGAGAACUCAGCAAUCUUGCCGAUUGAUAUACUCGAUCUCAAUCUAAAGAAGAUCUGUUUUCUAUCUUAGUCGUGAGCGGUUGCCUUCUUCACCUAACAAUAGUGCGCGUGCAACUUUGUGCCCGCGAAAGAAGUGAAACUUCUUUUGCGAUAUGUAGCAUUGUGGUUUUCUUCAUUUUACAUCCUUAAAUCGAAUUUCUCUUGUAAUAGGGAAUGCUGUGUGUAAGAGAAACGACCUAGCUCGCUUUCUCCCUCUCUCCACGGUCGAAUGGUUCGCGAGACGCUCCGUCUAUUUUCUCACUCUCGCUCGUCCUAAAUUGUAUCUUUUCUCUCUAGCCGUAACGAAUCUGUCGCGAGUUGAAUUUUACUCUCAACGCGCCUAAAGAAGUUUCACUUCAAAUGUGAGGUCUAUAACUAUAGUGUCGGCCUACAUACAAUACCUCUACUUAUUUUCUUAGACAGUUCGAAGGUGUUAAGUGGUUACCCAUAGACAUGGACAGCGUGAAUUCCUCCACUCGCUUUCGAGACAAUUCUAAGACUCGGUUCUGGCUGUUCCCCUCGUCAAAUCCGAACGCAGUACUGCUUCGCGGCAGAAAUGGUGACAGCAGGGAUACUGUAGGAUAAUACUAUGUCAGCACUGAAGCCCAUUGUGCCGUAAAGCCUUCAGUCGUCUUUGGACUUUUUGGCGGGAACGCUAGGAGAAGGGAUGUUGUGUGAUUUGUUUUAUUUUGUCUAUUUAGUGUUUCGUUCAGGUUUAAAUAUGUAAUAACGGUGGUCUAUUGACUGUUUAGUAUCUGUGAUAGUGUACAAAUGUGGGAAAAUGAAACAAAGCCGCUGGACGUAACUUCUCGGGAUCCUUCAAAAAGUCCACUGAAAAAAUCUCAAUAAAUGAUCAACAUUUUACUGAGAUUAUAUUUCAUUCCAUAUCAUUUAAUUUCAUUCCAGUUGGUUAAUGUUUCAAAUUAAAAUGAAAUGAAGAUUUCAUUUCACUCCAUAUUAUCUUUUUUCGUAAAAAUAAGAAUAUAAAUUAAAAUAAGACAUGACUUAAAGGUCUUAGUUACCGGGUCAUAAAAUCCUUUAAAAAAAAUCAGUCGCCUUUAUAGCAGCCUUACGAAGAUAUUGGGCAAGGCAGUCCUAGACCAGCACACAUUCAAUUAUAGGGUCUAUUGUAAUAUUCGUGUUCUGUGAUGUAAGCUCAGAGAUGUGGGUAGUUUUCUUUUUUUCUAAUAGUUAGUAACGUGUUAACUUAAGCAUUGUAUAGUCAAAUUGUGUACAUAAAGAUGCAAAUGCGUGUUAUAUUUUUGUAAUAAAUAAACUCUUUUUUGUGAA